AUGCUUCUCAUUCUCGGGAUCUCAGUUGGGCUUACCCGAAGAACCAUCUCACCAUGGGGUGAUAUUCUUGUGCAAGCUCGAAGACCGCGACUCUCGUCUUGUUCUCUCCCUCUAUUGACUGGGCCAACACCGCCAGUGAGGCCUCUCUCUCUCAAAAUCAAAGCUUGCCCUCACAGUGUGAAGAUGGAGAGUCCAGCUUCGACCUCCCAUCAUCCGGAGCCACCAGAUCUGUUUCCUCCGGCACUGCAGGAGCCUUCACCACCGCCAAAGCUGCCCACUCCUCCCGACCCUCCACCGGUUCAGAUUUUCCCAAUCCUUGCUUCUUUCCACCAUCCGCCGUACUCCAAAUCAACCGGUGUGAGUUAUCUUUCGUCGGAUCUGCUUUAUCCCUUUAGACUGAUAUAUUGGUAUGAUAAUUGGUCCUCUAUUGGACGUUUGAUCGAUGUCAUGGGUCCACUUUAUCUUUCGAUGUCAUGA